GGCUUCCAAGGAACUAGGAAUGGACAAAUCAAUGCAGAAGUAUCUAACAGAGCAAGGUUGCAGCUGGGAGUUCAAUCCUCCACAUGCGUCUCACAUGGGAGGUUCUUGGGAGCGCAUGAUCGGAGUUGCCCGCAGAAUCCUGGACUCCAUGUUGCUGCGAAAUAAGAUACAGUUGACUCAUGAGGUGCUAUGCACACUCAUGGCCGAAAUAACAGCCAUCAUAAACGCAAGGCCACUUGUCCCAGUGUCGUCGGAUCCAGAGAACCCCUUUGUUCUAUCCCCAUCGAUGCUCAUUACACAGAAAUCUUGCCUUCAACCUCCACCCGGAGACUUCUUGGAUAAAGACCUUUACACCAAACAAUGGAGACAAGUUCAAGCUCUUUCCAACCAGUUUUGGACACGCUGGAGGCAUGAGUAUUUGCCCACUUUGCAACAAAGACAGAAAUGGACUGUAUCAUGUAGAAACCUUCAAGUUGGUGACCUAGUUCUGCUAAAGGACGCGCAAGUUACACGCAACAGCUGGCCCAUGGCAAAGGUUAAUGCAACAUUCCCAGGCAAAGACAGUCGAGUAAGAAAGAUCGAGGUAAAGGGAUGGAGUCAAGGUUGUGUAAAGACAUUCAUGCGACCAGUUACAGAAGUUAUCCUUCUCAUGCCAAAGGACUGAAUGUUUAAUGGAUUGUUUAGUAUAGUGGCCUCAUUAGUGUAGUGGCCAGGCGGGGAGUGUGUUGUCCUUAAGACAUUCCUAUAAAUAAGUAAGUUCAUAAGGUUGAAUAAAUAAUUCUAAAAGUAUUUCAUUGUAAUUAAAAUGAUUGCAAGUUGUUUAGACAAACAAUUUAUGCUUUAUAUAAGUUUUUAUAAAGAAUGCUUUAUCGGUAAAUUCUACUUCCGGUUCCGGUUACCUACUUCCGGUUCCGGUUACGUACUUCCGGUAUUCCGUUUUUGCUAAAAACAAAGGUUCACAUGCAAGAGGCAGCAUGGAAAUGUUAUCCGAUGCCAUCCACUCUGAAUUAUCAUGCAGGAACGCCGUAAGUUACAUCAUAUGGCAGUUUAUACUGUUUAGUUGGAUGUUAUUGUUGAUUUUCCUGUAAUGUUAUUUUAGCGAACUUGAACCACUUAAUUUGGGCAUAUAUCUCUCUACAUGUUGAGAUAGAGUAUAUUUUCUGUCAUUUCAGUUUUCACCACAUGUUCAUGAAGACAAUUAAACAAGCUGCAACUGAA